UCUUUUGUUAGUCGUUGUCCGCCCUCUGGUGAUGCCGUCUGCAGUGUGUAUAAUAGCAGCAAGGAAAUCUCUGGGAGUCUAGGAGGAGCUACGGCAAGGUCGAUAUCAGCAUCGUUUUCAGGGCAGCAGAAGGACCAUAAGUGGCUGGGAUCUAGUGCUGUGUCCCCGAGCGAGGGGCGGUAAAUUGUGUUUUGGGAUUUAUCACCGUGGAAGAAGAAAUAGGAGAGCGACGGAAAGUUUACAAUCUGUAGUCUUGUUCCGAUCGUGCUAACAAGCUACUCUUCACUACUCCUCCUUUCCUCGCCGCUAUCCUGCGCCUUUUCUAACCAGUCAGAGCAGCGAGUUCAUUUUUCCUGUAAAUAGGAAGACUGUUUGUAACGGGUGGCAACCGGGCUUUUGCGCGCAUCCAUUAUAUUGUGUGGCCGAGUAAAGCGUUUGAUCCACACGCUUUCCACGUUCAUCUGUGUUUGCUGUACCAUGUCAGCACCAUCCUCUGCGUCUUCCGCUCCGGCGGAGAACUCUGCGACGGAACAUGAUUUGCUAGCCCCGGAUGCGGGGCAGAAGCCACCCGGUCCGACGCCCAGUCAGAGUCGGUUCCAAGUGGACCUCGUGGCUGAGGCUGCGGGCGCCGCCGAUGAUAAGACUCCGAGUUCCGACGCGUCUGCCGCUGCUCCAGAGGCUCCGAGUAGCGAUCCAGCUGUCAGCGGAGAGGAAGCUAAAGGCCGGUUUCGGGUGGUGAACUUUGCGGAUCCGACUGGGGAAGGCAGCGUGGCCUCUCCGGAGGCAGCGCCGACUGAGGGAAUGCAGAACGGAGACACUGUGAUGAGCGAGACGAGCUUGCAUUCAUCGACUGGGGGCCAACAUCACUAUCACUAUGACACCCACACCAAUACCUAUUACUUGAGAACUUUUGGUCACAAUACCAUCGAUGCCGUGCCCAACAUCGAUUUCUACCGGCAGACAGCAGCACCGCUGGGGGAGAAACUCACCAGACCCACCCUGUCGGAGCUGCACGAUGAGCUGGACAAGGAACCCUUUGAGGAUGGCUUUGCCAACGGUGAUGAACUUACACCAGCUGAGGAGGCUGCUGCUAAAGAAGCAGCUGAGUCAAAAGGAGUGGUCAAGUUUGGUUGGAUUAAGGGAGUGCUGGUACGCUGCAUGUUGAACAUUUGGGGUGUGAUGCUCUUCAUUCGUAUGUCCUGGAUUGUGGGCCAGGCUGGAAUUGCUCUUGCCUGUGUGAUCGUCGCCAUGGCUACUGUAGUGACAACCAUCACUGGGCUCUCCACCUCUGCCAUUGCCACCAAUGGAUUUGUAAAGGGAGGUGGAGCAUAUUACCUGAUUUCAAGAAGUCUUGGCCCAGAGUUUGGAGGCUCUAUUGGUCUUAUCUUUGCCUUUGCCAAUGCAGUGGCUGUUGCCAUGUAUGUGGUGGGCUUUGCUGAGACUGUUGUGGAACUUCUGGUUGGUAUAGAUGCCGUCAUGACAGAUGAAAUCAACGAUAUCAGAAUCAUUGGCACCAUUACAAUAAUCAUUCUUCUGGGCAUCUCUGUAGCAGGAAUGGAGUGGGAGGCCAAGGCCCAGAUCUUCUUACUCGUCGUCCUUAUCACAGCUAUCUUCAACUAUUUUAUUGGAAGCUUCAUUCCUGUGAAGUCAAAGGAAGCUAAGGGAUUCAUGGGCUAUGAUGCUUCAAUAAUGUGGGAGAACAUUGGUCCAGACUUCCGAGGAGAGACGUUCUUCUCUGUGUUUGCGAUCUUUUUCCCCGCUGCCACUGGUAUUCUGGCUGGAGCCAACAUUUCAGGAGACCUUGCUGACCCACAGAUGGCCAUCCCCAAAGGGACCCUUCUAGCCAUAUUAAUCACAGGGAUAGUCUACCUGGGUGUUGCUGUUUCAACAGGCUCCUGUAUUUUGAGAGAUGCCAGUGGAAAUGUGAAUGACACAAUUAGUUCUCAGUUCAUGGCAAACUGCUCCACUGCUGCCUGCAAAUUUGGCUAUGACUUCUCUACCUGCAAGAAUGAGGAUACCUGCCGCUAUGGACUGCAUAGGGACUUCCAGGUUAUGAGCCUUGUUUCUGGUUUUGGGCCCAUCAUCACUGCUGGCAUCUUCUCUGCCACUCUAUCCUCAGCACUGGCCUCUUUAGUUAGUGCACCUAAAGUUUUUCAGGCUUUGUGUAAGGACAACAUCUAUCCUGGCCUGCAAAUGUUUGCCAAAGGCUACGGCAAGAACAAUGAACCCCUACGAGGAUACAUCCUGACCUUCGGUAUCGCUCUGGCCUUUAUCCUCAUUGCUGAGCUGAACACUAUUGCACCCAUUAUCUCCAACUUUUUCUUGGCAUCAUAUGCCUUGAUCAACUUCUCCGUGUUCCAUGCCUCACUGGCUAACUCACCAGGCUGGAGACCUAGCUUCAAAUACUACAACAUGUGGGUUUCCCUUGCCGGAGCCAUUCUCUGCUGUGGGGUGAUGUUUGUCAUCAACUGGGCAGCUGCCCUUCUUACAAAUGUCAUUGUUAUGGCUCUCUAUAUCUAUGUUAGUCACAAGAAGCCAGAUGUGAACUGGGGCUCAUCGACCCAGGCUUUGACCUACCACCAGGCCCUGACCCACACUCUGCACCUUAGUGGAGUGGAGGACCACGUCAAGAAUUUCAGACCCCAGUGUUUGGUGAUGACUGGUUAUCCCAACUCUCGUCCUGCCCUUCUGGAUCUGGUCCACAGUUUCACCAAGAAUGUAGGCCUGAUGAUCUGUGGCCAUAUUCGCACGGGCUACAGAAGACCAAACUUCAAAGAGCUUGCCACAGAUCAGGCUCGCUACCAACGCUGGCUGCUGAAGAACGAGACCAAAGCCUUCUACACGCCAGUGUUUGCUGAGGACCUAAAACAAGGCUCUCAGUACUUGCUUCAGGCUGCUGGUCUUGGCCGCCUCAAGCCAAACACCCUUGUUCUGGGCUUCAAGAAUGACUGGAGGGAUGGGGACAUGAUGAAUGUGGAGACUUACAUCAGCAUGAUCCAUGAUGCCUUUGACUUCCAGUUUGGUGCUGUUAUCCUGCGACUGAAAGAGGGGCUGGAUGUCUCCCAUAUCCAAGGGCAAGAUGAGUCGCUGUCCUCGCAGGAAAAGCCAUCAGGGAUGAAAGACGUGAUCGUUUCCAUAGACACCAGCAAAGACUCUGAUGCAGAUUCCUCUAAGCCAUCCUCUAAGGCCACCAGCCUCCAGAACAGCCCAGCAGUCCAGAAAGAUGAUGAAGAUGAUGGCAAAGCUACAACUCAGCCCCUGUUGAAAAAAGACAAGAGGAGCCCGACAGUCCCUCUGAAUGUGUCUGACCAGAGGCUGCUAGAGGCCAGCCAACAGUUCCAGAAGAAACAGGGGAAGGGCACAGUGGAUGUCUGGUGGCUGUUUGAUGAUGGAGGUCUGACUCUGCUGAUCCCCUACCUUCUUACCAAUAAGAAGCGGUGGAAGGAAUGUAAGAUCCGUGUUUUCAUUGGAGGCAAGAUCAACAGGAUUGAUCACGACCGCAGAGCGAUGGCUACUCUGCUGAGCAAGUUCAGGAUAGACUUUUCGGACAUUACUGUCCUUGGAGACAUCAACACCAAGCCCAAGAAGGAGCACAUGGCAGCCUUCGAGGAGAUGAUUGAGCCUUAUCGGCUGAAAGAAGAUGAUAUGGAGCAGGAGGCAGCUGAGAGGCUGAAGAACAGUGAACCAUGGAGGAUCACUGACAACGAGCUGGAGCUAUAUCGUACCAAGACCCAUCGUCAGAUCAGACUCAACGAGCUGCUGAAGGAGCACUCAAGCACAGCCAACCUCAUUGUUAUAAGCCUCCCAUUAGCCAGGAAGGGCGCUGUGUCCAGUGCUCUCUACAUGGCCUGGCUGGAGGCAUUGUCCAAGGAUCUGCCUCCCAUCCUUCUGGUGCGUGGCAACCACCAGAGUGUCCUCACCUUCUACUCUUAAAGGGGAAAAGCCGGUGAUUUAAGUCACAGCUAAAGUCUAAAGGUCCACCACAUACACUCCUGAGAUAGCAGAAUACAAGCCAGUGAUGGAAACAGUGCUGAGUAAUAUGAAUCCAAUGAAAGUGCUAUUUUUUUUGUGUAAAAGUGCUACAUGUUUUGUGAUGGAGGAAUUUUAUGUUGGGGGUGGGUGCUGGUUGUAAAGUUGCCCACUCUUUUUCCUUUCUUUCUUUCUUUCUUUCUUUCUUUCUUUCUUUUUAUUCCAAGAUGUCUGGGUUAUUCUCUCGUUGCUCUAGUUCCUUCUGAUUUCCCCAUUAAAGUGUCAUUUUUGUUCAAGUUGAUUUCUCUCAGGCUCUCUAAACCAGGCAUGCACAAUAUAGAUGUGUUCAUGAUGUGGAAUAUAUUGAUGUCAUACAUUUUAAGUUUAUCAGACCAGUUGUUGUUGUUGUUUGCUCCAGCAAUAAUCACCCUGUUAUGUUCUUUUCAAGUUGGGGAAAAUGCUUUGCAACACCUUCUAAAGCCUUAUGGAUGUGCCUUCCAGUCGAAUCAGAUGAAACGGAAUUAGAAUCUCUAUUCAGAUUGACAAUUUUAACAGAAUUUCCUUCUUAGCUGUGCGGGUGAAUUUAAAGUAGAAUUUUAUAAAGGGUGUCAAUUUGAACACUCUUACAGUUUUGACCUUAAUCAGCAUAUUUAUUUGGGGCUUUGAUUUUUAUAUUUUUCACUUUUGAGUCUUCCUUUGUAAAAGUUGCUGAAUACUCAUCACAACAAGAUUCUUGAUCUUUUAGACAGUUUGUAGGGGAGGGGUGCAUGUGGGCAUAGACUUAAAGUCUCUGUCAGAAAAAAUGUGAGGCUGGGUUUUUCUUUAGCCUUUUCAGGUGGAUAAAAUCUCUCCCUAGUAGCUGCUGAUUAUCAGCUUUCUUUGGUUCUGUGGCCACAUGUAGUGUUAUUUCACUGUAAAGAAACUCUUCUACCCUUCAAGACGCUAGUUCAAACCUUGCCUUAAUGCUAGAACUAUACUAUACUGUCACGAUUGUCAUAAGUUCUCGCUCCCUCUUAAGCCAUGUCGGCUGGAGGGUUUGUGUGUAAAUGCAGAUAGUCCUCCAUUAUUAAGUCUCAGCACAUAUGCAUCUUAAUCUGCAUUAGUCAUUUAGCCUCACUUCAUUUAGUGUGCACUUGGGGCACAUCCCUGUCUUUUGGCUUAAUUAUUACUAUUGAUUUUAGGGGUGACGUGGCAUCACCAAAAAGCCAUACAUAGACAUUUUCCAGUUGUAGUGUACUGUAGAGGUCACAUGUAUCCCCUGUUCUACUGUGACUGUAGAGAAUAUUGAUUAACUAGCUUCAAUAUGCAAUAGUACAGCUGUUACUUUGGGGAGUGGUCACAGGUGUCGUCACAGACAGAAAAAUAACCCUGAGCCUAAAAUCAAUUCAUAAAACUCAUUCUAUUUGAGUUUUAUUGAAAAAAUGGACAGUAAAGUGAAAGUAACUGGUUAGUUUUCGUUAAGGUUGCAAAUGUUGUUAUUAAAACAGCUGAGCAUAAACGGGUUGGUUGGAGUGGUUCUAGCAUAGAUGUUUAUUUUAAGUGCAUUGCCCUAAAAUUAGCCAUGAUAUUUUGAAGCCUCUGCAUUGUGUUGUUAAAUACAGCGGAGAUGCACAAAUCAUUGUGGGUGGUCUCGUUAUUUUGAAUUAAACAGCAUGGACUUUGGCUCAUUAUGAUUAUGAGUGAGAAACUACUAUAAAGCAAAUUAAACUUUACUAUAUGCAAUUUAAAAGAAGAAUGUGAGAGUGCUUAGGUUAGUUGAAUGUACACUACACUAGUAGUACCUUUUGGUUUCCAUUGUCAUAUGUAUCAUAUGUUUUCUGCAUAUACUGCAGUUAGCACAAUAGUGUUCUGUCUGUCGGCUUCAUUGUGCUAUUAGCGUUCAUGCAGCACCAUUGUCCACCACUCUGUUGUUCACAUGGAUUAUCGCUACGUUAAUAAUCCAUGUGUGUAAUGUUUCCAGGGACUGUUGAAAGGAUUCAGUACAAACAUAUUAUAUAGAUCUAUACUGUUGCUCACCAGAAUGCCAAAUGUAGCCGGAAUAAGUUUUAGUUAUGUGAAAGUGUGGGCUAAGAAAGCACUGUAGAUCAUUUUGAAGGCAGUCCUACAUUGUGUAACAGCCUCAAAUACCAAAAUUCAUUCACACCACAGUUGGUGUUCAUUCUAAUCCAGCUGACACGUUUUGUCUUUUAUUUUGAAAAGCAGUAUCUAAAAUUUGGUAUUCCUGCAGCUGAGUGCAUCCCUGUGCACUGUAACUUAAACAGUGAAACUAAAUUAUGCUUAACUCAAACUAUGAAGUAUGACUGAAGAUUUCUGUAUUAGAGCAAAUAUAAAUUGAUUUCUUGAAGACUAACUGCUAAGCAAUACAAUUAGUGAAACAAACUGCAGUUUUUGUUUUGUUUUGGUCUUUUUUGUUUGUUUUUUUUGCUGUGCAUUUUGGGCAAUAUAUAAAUCUGAGAUUAUCAAUGUGGGCUGAGAUGGGGAUUUGGGGGCACUAUUGUGUACUAUAACAAAAUAAAGGAGUGUAUCUUUGAGAUCUCUGUUCGUUGUUGUGUUGUGAGGCAUUCACUCUUGUUCUCUUGUUGGUACAGAACAACAUUAUUACAAACAAGAACACGGGUUAAACCAUUUGUAUAUUUAAAAAAAAAAAUUAUAUUUGCUUAUCUAUCUAUCUAUAUCUGUAUAUCUAUAAUUAUACACACACAGUUAUAUAUAUACAUAAUAUAAGAAACACAACACUCAUGUAUCAAAUAGAGGGGUUCUUUUUCAUGUCACAUUAAAUGAAACAAAAAUACCUCCUAUCAACGUUUUCCAGCCAGCUAAUGGUGUUUGGGUGCGUUUCCCUCAUUUGUCUCGAUAGAACCUAACAUCUGUCUGACAAAAUUACUGCAUUGUCCUCAACAAAUCAAAUCAUAUGUACAUGUAAGUCGAGGCAUUAUUUGAGUUCUCCUAUGUAUUGUUUGUAUUCUUUGCCAUAUCCCAUUUUCCUCUCUUAUAGCAGGCAUGUUGUUCCAUGGGGGUGGAUUUUAAUAUUUCAAAAAUGAUAAAAUGGUCCUAAAAUCUAUUGGUGGUUGACAUCGUUAAGUUUAUAGUAAGUAUAAACUAACAUGUAAAUAAACUUAAUAGUAUAUACACAUGGAACAUGUUGGAAGGGUAUUUAUUUUAGUUCAGACUUUGCUUUUUUUUUUUCUCUUAAUAUUUGGAGUUUUGGUUGUAAUUUGAUUUGCAUGUCGAUGUUUUUUCUUUUGCAGUUUGUUUCCUUUUGAUUUUAGCAAAUUGUCUUUCUCCUUGAGUCUGUAUCUGUAACCUUUCAAAGAAGAAAAAGAUAUGAUGACAAGCGGCUCAAACCAGUUUUCUCCUGCUUUAACUCAAACAUGUAAGGCCCAGCUGGUUGAAGCAGUAAUGUUUUGAUACUGUUAACAGUCACAGAUAUGCUUUUUCUAACAUUUUAACAUGUAUGAUUACCAGUACUUUGUACAUCUUUAUUGCAAUAAAUAAACCAAAUGAAAUCAUUAACA